CCGUGUUUGAAUGCCGUUAACUGUUUCCGUUUAUGUAAACUUUCAUGACUGAUGGUUCUAAGAAUGAGGAAAUGAAAACUUACUCCACUUAAGGAACUAAUGAUGGAGAAGGAAGAUCAGCCCCAGAAUGGAGAGAAGAUAGGCCGUCCAAUGAUAGACAUGGAGGGCAGAUGUGGGAAGGUUGACCUUGUCUACUUUGUAGCUGAGGUGGAGAGGUUUAACAGACUCAUUGAGCCCCUUGCCAUGGUGCUGUAUGCUAUUGAAGAUGUCCGAAGGUGGAGAUAUCCUAACUGGACUUUAGGAGCAUGGCUCGUUUGUAACGUCCUCUGUUUAUUGCUCUCAAAAGGUGCUGUGUUUGCAUUAGUGUCUAUAAUGGUGGUGGGCAUCGCCACACUUUGUCUGGUACAAGUACACACCCGCCUUCUGGACAAGUUCUUCCCCUACACUGGCCGCAAUGAUGAAAGGACAGAGGAUGAUGAGGAAGUAGAGGAGACGGUUACAAUGAAGACUGUGCAGUACUUUCGUUUUAGUGUGGUCCAGAUGUAUGAUUUCAUUGUCAAGUGUAAUGAAUACAUAGCCCAUCUGUACGGAAUCUUUCGGUGGGACAACACUCUCUCAUCACUCAAGUUUUACAUAGAGUUAUGUGUGUUCCUACUCAGCUUGGUGGUCCUCCCUAAUAGGGGGGUCUGGUUCCUGAUUGUCAACUGGGUUUUCCUUGCUAAUGAAGAAAUCUUGCAAGUUAUUGUAAACUCUGGAUUGCGCCUCUACAGCCAAAUAAGUGGAAAUCCAGUAAAAGCGUUAAUACUAGCUGAGGGAGCUGCAAAUACUGAGACGAAAGCAGAAUCAAAUUCAACCCCUGUGAAGUGUGUUGACAAUGGCCAGGCAGACACUAUUGGGGAACAGAGGGGAGAGACAAGCGAGGCACAAGACGUGGACACAAUUGUGGAGAAGACAGGUGUGACCGGCUCAGGUCCUACGCCUGGUAAACCAGGGAUGGUCGCCAGGCUGAGAGAGAUCAAGAAAAAACACCAGCACCUUGCUAAUGAGACCUGUUUUAAGUGUGAGACAUCCUUUUCUUCAAUACUUAAAAGAAGGUACUACUGCCGUCACUGUGGUAACAACUUCUGUACCAAGUGCUGUAACCAGAAGGUUCCCAAGGCCAUGUUUGGGGCGACGUCCCCCACAGCCCAGACAGAGACAGUCCUGGUGUGUAAUGUCUGCUACGACCUUCUCACCCAGGAAGAUAAGGACAAGGACAAAGAAAAGAAGAGCUGAUUGGCUGGUGCCAACAUGUCACCAUGGUUACCAAUAUGUCUGAUUAUUCGACACAGCGUGACAUAUGCCCAGCUAUGAGGAUACAGCAAAGAUUGUAUACUCCAAGGAGCAAGUUUAAUAUUGUAUACAGAGUGGUAUGAGUUACAGGAAAUUAUCUUGGAUACUUUUUCUUAUAAUUUUCCUCACAGAGUACCCCAACAUUCUGGAUAUAAGUCUUUGACAAGUACCAUCUGCUGGGUGUAGAUUGGAUGUGACAAAAGCUCCAUGUAUAUAUAUUUAUUAUAUAAAUUGGAAGCAAGUCUAAAACACUUUAAACCUGGUUCAGAUAAAGGAAGAUAAGCAAGCACCAAACAUGUACUGUUACUGUCCCAUAACCAGUGUUGUGAAUUAGUUCAAAUUUAAACUGGACGUAAAACUUCAUUUCUUGUGAUAUCAAUUUACUGGAAAUCUCUAUCAAAUGUUUUAUACAGAAUUUAAAAAAUAGAUUUUUUUUUAGAGUUUUCACCAAAAUAUCAUGGACUUCAUCAAAAUUGUUCAAAGUGGAAAGUAAUUAUGAAAUCAAUGCCGUAGACUAUAACAUCAGUUUAAUUAAUGGUUUCAGGAGGGAUUUGACAGUGUGUAAUUAUUCAAUACACCAAAUAGAAACCAGUUCAAAACCUCUACAAAAUAUCAACCUUUAGUACCAAUUUGUUUCUGAUCUUUUAAAGUGAAUGCUUAAAAAAAGCUAUUUCAAAUUUAUGGCAAAGAAAUAAACAUAUAGCUAUAUGAGAAUCUCCUAGGGAAGGUUGGUCAGAAUUAAAGUUUUUACUGAGGUUAUACAUUUUUUAUUAUGUAUAGGGAAAGAAAUCUGACUCAACUACUGGUAGUCCUUCCUCAGAAAUGCCAUGAAAAAUCUACAUGGUCAACAUAGAGAUAUAGGGAGGGUUGGUUUAGCAGAAACAUGAUCAUCUUUAUUUUUUGUUUGAUUGUGAUGUUAAUUCCAUUCAAAAAUUAUAUUGAGCACAACACAAAUGUUGUUCGUGGACUUAAAUACCGUUAAACAUCAUGAGAAAUCAUUUCAAAUUAAAACAAAAAACAAAAAAAACUCUGUGUUUAAACUCAAUCGGUGGCGUGUAAGGUGUGCUACUUAUUAUAUAAGAUUUUUACAGUUACCGGGGGGUAUACACAUGUAUUUCACAUUUAGAAUUUCAGAAUUUCACGUCUUGGUAGAGAAUUCUCUUGUUUUUGCAAAUUUGCUUUUAGCAGCAUGGAAUUUGUUUAGGAGAGUAUCCGUUCUUGCCAAAUUAAUUUAAGUAGAGUUUUGUGAUAUGUUGCUGGUUAGAUGAUGGUGCAGGUAACACUUCUGUUUGAUACUGGGGGGUUUGUUAAGCUUUUCUAUUGCCAAUAGUUCAGUCUGUGUUGUCUAUAACUCAAAGUGAUAGGGUAUGGACAUGUUUUAGUGAUGUUCAUAGAAUCAAGAUUCUUCAAAUUUGUUUUCUUGUAACAGGAUAUAGGUAGAUCUUAUAGGUAUGUGUUUAUAGGAACUUUUUGAUUACCGUAUAAAUGUGUGUACAUAUUAUGUUUUUAUGGGUACACAUGAGAUAUACUGUGAAUGAAGUUUUGUGUAUGUAGGUCAUUGUUUUACAUGAAUGAUAGGUACAUUAUAUAUAAAUGUAUAGAUAUAUAUAUAUAUGGAUUUAGAAUGAUUUGGGCAAGUGCAAAUUUUUUAAACCAAGAUGUAACAUUUCAUGUAUUAAAUAGUUACAACAUUAUAUUAACAUGAACAGUUUUACAAGAAUAAGCACCAGAUAAUUAUAUUAUUAGCCUUUUUUUUUUUUUUGCAUUUAUAUAAGAUGUUUGUGAUUUUAAACCAGUACUAAAAUGAUUAACGGCCAAGUACUAUUAAUAUAAUGGAUAUAACAUUAGGCUUAUUAACCUUAACAUGAAAGUGAAACUAAAAUAUAUGAGGACAUUUUUAGUAAGAAAAACAUAAUGUUGACUUUUACUGUUCAAUCAAAAGUCAUUUUGUCUCAAUAGUUUUGAAUUACCUCAAGCCAUGGGUAGUGUUCAAAUGCAGUUUUACUUAAUUUUCAGCUUGAAUAGUUUUGCUUUAAAUAUGUGUUCCAUCUAAUAGAAUUCUAAGAGACAUAUACGUGAGUAUGGGUUUUUUAAACUAGUUUGAUUUAUCAUUAGAUUUUUGGUUGGUAAUUCCGGUUGUGAGAAAUGCUGGAUGUAAAUUUAGUUUGAAUUUAGUUUUUUUCAAUUUCAAGAUAAACUUAUAUGAACUUUCAAAACAUUUUGUACAUUUUGUAUUUGAAAACAGAUUAAUACAGUUAGGUUACAAUACUAAAUAUAUUAUUACAUUGUGUAUGUAUGUUAUGAAGAAAUUAUGUUUAAUAUAAUUUUAAUCCCUAUUUUUGUUAAGUUUAUUAUCUACACAUGCAUGCAGUGUGUUUCCUGUUAUAUACUAAUGUCCCAGUCAUUGAGUACAGUAUUAUCAUGUUAAUCACCUGAUAUAGACAAACAAUUUAACAAGGAGCAAUUUCAUGUGACCAGGUAGGCAGUUGGAUUUUGAAAUAAAUGUACAAAUUAUAUAACUGUUACACCAAUUUUACAUGUAAUAGGUUUAUGCAUAACCGCCAUUUUGCCAUACUGGCCUUUACCUUAAGACUCAACACCAUUUAUAAUCACCAAUACUAUAUUUUUCAAAUUACUCAAGUUAUAGACUAGUUUAGGGCAGUGAUGCCUACCAGCCAAUACUUAAUGCCAUCCUAGCUACAUGUGUAUCAAAUACGAAUCAUUGUACCAGGAGCCUUAUAACAUAGUUAUACUUGGGGGCCUUUUUUUGCCAGUGCAUCGUAAUUUGAUUAAGUUAUUUCAGAAUGUGUGGUUAAACUUUGAAGUGUUUAAUUUAAUUAAAUAACUAUAACCAAGCAUUAAGAUUUAGAAAUAACUGAAAGAAGCAGUGUCACUUGUUAACAAGUUUGUAAAAUGAAUAGAAUACUUUAUGUUUACAAAUCAAGUGAGAAUAAUGUGUUAGUUUCACAGCAAAAAUUACCCGAGAUUGUUGACUGAUGGUAAGCUUUAUUUGGUAGCGGUUACGGUGGAAACAGAACAAUGAAUAGGUCAAAGUUCAUUAAUUGGUAGAGGGUAAAAUCUCCUGACAUAUUAACAAGACUUAUUAUGACAGUUUGUACGAUAGAAUGACUCUUUGGUAAAAUUGAAUCUCAAUUUAUUUUUAUACAAGUCAUUUUACCAAUAGUAUAGUAUAUUUGGAGAUCAUUAGAGGUCAGAUCAUACUAGGAGUAAAUUAUUUAUAAGUGAUACUCAAGAAGUGCGCAGAGUUGUAUCCUAGUGGUUCAUUUUGGAGUUGGAGGUAGUGUUAGUUUAUAUUUUAAACACAGAAAUAAGGAAAAGGAUGAAAGGGUUUUUAUAGGUAUAUUAUUCAAUAGUUAUGAAUAUGAGAUUAUAAUCACACAACAUUACUAUCAGCAUGUGUAUCCUUGUAUAUCAUUAUCAGGAUUUUCAAUGAUACAGUUGCAUGAAACGUAAUAGUUUGAGAACAACAGAAUGAUAAAAAGGAUAUUAACCAUAGCACAUGUGCAACAUGAAAGGAAAAAUGUAAUGGCCAGACAGGGAUUUGAACCCAGGACCUCCAAAAUCUACAUGGACACUCUAACCAAUUGAGAAACCUGGUUGGGUGGGUGGGUGGGGGGCAUUGACCCAGACCAGGCCUUGAUAUAUUAGCGAUAAUCUCAUAAGUAUCCAGUAAUUUGACUACAUGGCCAUUAAAUGUUGUGUAUAGACUAGUACUAUUGACAGUGAAGAUUUAAUUAUACAUAGGUGUGUGUACAUGACAUAUUCAUAAACUACCAUGUAAUAUGUGCAGUAUUUGUAUGAAUUGAAAAGCAAAGCUGUAUAAAAGGAAUCGAUAACUUGAAAUAACUGUUCAUGGGCAGUAAAAUAUGUUUAAACAGAUAUACGUUUCUAAACAUGUACAUGCUGGCAUUAGAUACAUGCAGAUGUGCAAAAAUAUAUCAAAACCAACCAAUCUUUCACUUUGAAAGCCCACCAAAUCAGUCUUGUGGUCAUCCAUAUUAAUUACAGAGAGAUUAUGUUCUGUCCAAUCAAAAGAUACAUAAUGUAUUCAAAUUAACACCUUUUUUCUGGUAAAGGGGCUUUGCUUUGCAUUACUUAUAGGAUUUGAAUUUUGUUUGUUAGUUUUCAAAUUAUGUUAAUAUUGUUUGAACUUUAGUUAUUUAUUCUUGUUAAGUCACACAAGCUGCUUAUAGUGCAUUUGUAGUAUUAUGGCUUUUAGACCAAUUUGUCAAAUAAGUUGUUUCUGUUAGUGUUAGUGCAAUGGUGGAGGUUGGUGGGCAGGUUUUUGUGAGAUUGAAUGUACUAGUCGAGUGUGUGUGGUGUCUAGUCACUGACUGACAGGUUAACAUUUACUUUCGUUUUAGCUAUAUAAUAAAUGUGUGAUAAUGGGCAGUUACAAAAAGGUAAAUGUUUACUUUCAUCUUUGUUAUAUAUGUGUAAUAAGUUUGUUAGUAAAUUUAUUAUGUUUUUUUUAUGCAUAUAGUGAGUAUACUUGUGACUUCAGUUUUAUGUAACUUGUAUGUUGAAUUUUUACUUUCUUUUCAUUUCUGACAUUUUUAUCUGUCCUCACUUCUCUCAUUCAUGCAUGAUGUACGUUUUACUCAUUUAAUCUCAUUGCGGAAUAUCAGGAGAACGCAGGUAUUUUAUAGAAAACUAUUUUUAAGUUCAAUAAUGUUGUUCAUGUUAAGGAUAUAUGUUACCCUUCUGGGAUAUGUUUCCUUCCCAAAAGAGUUCCCCAAAAGGUAUCCUUGAGAUAUCACUUUUAUGGAUGGUGAAUUGGAAUAAAUGUAUUAGUUGGUGACAUAUGAGAGAUGAAAAGAAUAUGUGCAUAGAUAGGACUCAUAAAUAGUUAUGAAUCAACUUAAUUAAAAGUGUUGAAUUAGCACAAAUCAGUUAUAUUGUGUAAGGUAGCAUAUAUCCUUAACUCUUACACUAAUCUAUCAUAAACUGCAAAAUUACAGGUAUAAUGUGUAAGGUAGCAUAUAUCCUUAACUCUAUCACAAAUCACAGAUAACCAGGUAUAAUGUGUAACUAUGUCACCCCUAUGAAACUUUAGUAAACUCUACCACGAAUUUAUCUAGAUGAGUCCACUAUGGUCCAGAGUGGUGGAAGGGUUGAUAUGUUAUCAGUGGAAGAGGAGACUGACUGUUAUACACAAUGAUAAUCAGUAGUUGAGGAGUACUGUAAAUGUACAUAUUUUACCAGUAAUCUUACUCUAGUACUUUUUGCAUUUAAGUUUAUAUGGUACUAAAUUAGGAAUCAUGUGAAGGCUGCAGAUAUUAUAGAGAUUUUUUUUAACAGAAUAGGAGAUAUUUGGUAUAUUUUUGACUUGAACCAAUUAAGAAUUAUGGUGUGAUUAAGAUAAAAAAAAUCCUUGGAUGUUUUCCAUACAUGUGACCAUAUUUUGAAAAACAAGAAGAUAAAUGUACAGAACCUGGUGUCUGAGUAAAAUACUUGAAUUCUUCAUCUUUUUAUAAUGUCUUAUUGUCCUAGGCUACAUUUAUGAAUAUUGGAAAAAAGAUGUCGGGAUACACCAAAUUUCUCAAACAUUUCCUGACUUAUUUUCAAUACGAAAAAUAUAGUAGAACUUUUACACAAUUACUUUGUAACUAUUGUUAGUGAGAAGAAUUGAUUAAUUGUAGUGUAUUUAUUUGUACAAUAUUAUAAUUGGUACAAGCUACCAUUACCCUGUGACAGCUUUGUUGUGAGAUUAACAGAAAUAUGAAUAUUAGUGGCUUUACUGUGACUACUGUAUAAUGUAGUAACUUACUUAAAUUACCGUAAUGUUUUAUUAAGAAACAAUAAUAUCAGCUGGACUUAAUUACCACUUUGCACACAUUUCUAACGCUGUAUUAUCACAGUUUUGUGACUAUUUGUACUUAAUGAAAUCAGAUUAACAUUCAGUGUGUUAUAUUGGAGACAGAAAGACAUGAAUACCUAUAUUCCAGACCAGCGAUCCCCUCAUUUUGUAUUGUGUAACACGUACAGUGUCUUCUGCCACAGAAUAAAUGUGUUAAUAACUG